CCUUGUCUGAUAUUUAAUAAAACCACUUAUGCUUUUUUAAAAUUAAUGCUUGCAUGAUAUAUAUCUUUUUCCAUCCUUUUAUUUUCAAGCUGCCCAUAUGGUUAUUUUUGAAGAGAGUUCAUGUGGAUAGCAUAUUAUUGGGUCAUGUUUUUAAAUUCACUCUGCCAAUUUCUGUGUUGUAACUGUUAGAUAUAGACUAUAGUUGAUAUAAUUAUUGGUAUGUUAGAGCUUAAGCCUACCAAUUUAAUUUUUGUUUUCUGCUUCUUCUGUUUUCUGUUUCUUUGUUACUUGAACAAUUGUUUGAAGUCCAUUUUGAUUUUUCUGUAGUGUUUUGAAUGUAUCUGUUUGUACAGCUUUCUUAGUGAUUGCCCUAGGUAUUAUAUUACAUAUAUGCUAUCUACUGUUGUCACCAUUUUACCAGUUUGAAUGAACACUGGAAACCUUACCUCCCUUUAUGUUUCUUUACUUUCUUUUAUGUAUAAUAUACUUAAAUAUUUCCUCUGCAUACAUUUAAAACCGCAUUAGAUAAUUAUCAUUUUUCCUUCAAUUAUCAAACAUAAUUUAGAAAACUCAAGAGAAGGAAAGUUUAUUGUAUUUACCCAUAUUUUUACUUACCAUGUUCUUUUUUCCUUUUUAUGUUCCCAGAUUCCUUUUCUUAUUUCCUUUCUGUUAAAAUAAGUUCCUACAGUUAUUCUUUCAGAGUAGGUCUUAUGUCAACAUAUUCUCUUUGUCUCUCUUUAUGUAAGGAUGCCUUGAUUUCAUAUUUCAUUUCUAAAGGGUAUUUUCAUUGGAUAUAGCAUUCUAGGUUGACAUUUCAUUCAGCACUUUAAAAAUGUCCCCUUCCUUCUGGCCUCAUCUAUUAUUUCUGAUAAGAAAUUUGCUCUCUUUCAAAUUGUUUUUCCACUAAAGGUAAUAUACAUUUGUCUCUGGUUGCUUUCAAGGGCUUGUUUGUUUUUUUUUCUUUGUCUUUACUUUCAUAACUUUGACUGAGAGGGAUAGGUGCUCAUUGCUGCUAGAUAAUGGUAAAAUCCUGAUUCUGCACUAUAUACCUCCUCUGUCACCACCCCAGUAGAGAAGGGUACAGUCACCUUAUUACUGCUAGAUAAAGGUGGAAGUCCAGGCUCCCUUCACAUGCGGUCUUCACUGACAUUAGAGAGAUGAGGCCUCAUUACCACCUGGCAGGAAACAAUUUCCAGCCUCCUAUUUGGCCUUUUCUGAUACUACCCCAGGCUUAGGGCAUAAUUUGUCACUUCCUGGCCAGGGUGAAAAUCUAGGCUGUCCAUUCAGCCUUUGCUGGUGCAUGUAGGCUGGGCCAUAGUUUUUUCUGGGAUGUUUGACUGGAGUAAAGCAGUUACUGUCUGAAAAUUUUCUGCCUUGCUAGACUACCCUUUCUGUGGUCUGGUGGUCAGAGAGAACAGGUUUUGGGAGGCUAUUUUUGUCUUCACCUACUCUCAUUUCUGGAUUGCUAACUUCUCCAGCUCCAAGUCUGGGAUAUAUGAGACAAAAAGAAAUCUCAGGGAACUCAAUACCAUAUUGUUUCUUGAGUUUUGAGGUCCUUAGCUAGUGUGCUUUCUUCCCAUUAUCUUUCAGAGUAUUCUCAUGAACUUCCCAUUGUUUCAUAUGUAACGCCCAGAGUUUUUAGUUAUAUUAGGUGGAGAAAUAGGAAAUGUAUGUCUAUGCCAUCUUUCUGCAACCAGAAUGUCUUUUGAUGGAGGUAUAGACAGUGACCUUUGAUGUCUUGUAUUAUUCAGUGUUUUAGUUAAUAAUCAUGAUAACUAACAUUUCUCAAGUAUACACUAUGUACCCAGAUAAUAUUCUAGGUGCUUUUCAUAUAUUGAGUCAUUUAAUUCCUAUGAAACUCUAGUAAGUAAUUACUACCAUUAUUCUACCUUAUUAGAUGAGGAAACUGAGGCAUAGAAAAGGUAAGUAACAUGCUCAAAGUCCCUGCCAAAUCCGUGAUUAAACCCCAGGUUCUCUGACUCCUUAAGCCUAAGACCACUCUACUACCUGUGGCCUAGAACAAGUCUGACAUAUACUUUCCAUUGUAGCAACUUGACUUUUCUUUCUUGAAAUUUGUCAUAGUUUUUCUAUCUUAGAAUGCAGAAAUUUUACCAAUAACUGUCUAAAUGUGGGUCUUUUCUUUCCCCUAAUAAUUCUUUAUGGUACCCAAGCACAUCCUUUUGAUCUGAAAGCUUAGAUUUUUCUAUUGUACAAUGACAUAUUUUUGAAAUUUAAAAAUUUCCCUCCCAUCUACCCACUGAAAGAUUUUUUUAGGAAAUAUUCUCGAGGGGCCCUAAAGAUACUCACUAAAGAACAAAGAAGUAAGCUAAUUCUAAUUUGCCAAAAGCUUUCUUUUUUUAGUGAACAAGUUAGAGAAAAAAAAUUAUGAACAACAUGAUCAAGCUGUGAGGAGCCACUUGGACCUUAAGACUUCCAGUUCUGGGUUGUGUGACACUUAUUGGAACACAGAUUUUGGUAUGAAGAGGAAAGUGAGAUGAUCAAGAAAAUUCAUCCAUGAGCUCGGAUUUCCUGCAUUACAACUUCAGGAUGCCUAAUAUUGGAUUUCAGAAUCUGCCACUCAACAUAUAUAUUGUGGUUUUUGGCACUGCUAUAUUUGUCUUCAUCCUUAGUUUACUCUUCUGUUGCUACUUGAUUAGGCUAAGACAUCAAGCACACAAAGAAUUUUAUGCCUACAAACAGGUUAUAUUAAAAGAGAAAGUAAAAGAACUGAAUUUACAUGAGCUCUGUGCAGUGUGUCUAGAAGACUUCAAGCCUCGAGAUGAGUUGGGGAUUUGUCCAUGUAAGCAUGCCUUCCACAGAAAGUGCCUUAUUAAGUGGCUGGAGGUUCGCAAAGUGUGUCCCCUGUGCAACAUGCCGGUUCUGCAGCUGGCCCAGUUGCAUAGUAAGCAGGACCGUGGACCCCCACAGGGGCCCCUCCCUGGGGCAGAGAACAUUGCAUAGCUCACCACAAGGGUCAGACUGUUGCAGGAUCCAGCGUCUGCCUGGAGCCGGGAAGAACAGAAGCAGUCUCUGUGCUGGCUGCGCUACCUGGGGCACCAGUUGCCACUUUCUUUGCCACAUGAAGAACUCUUGGGCCAGCUGAGCUGGGAACCCAGACUUCUGGGUCUUGUGACAACCAAAGUACUCUGACACUACCCCAUGAGAAGAGGAGUGGAUGAGCCUUCGGGUUUGGGUCAGGAAACUUCACAAGGGUCUCUUGCUAACUCCAUUACUCUCUGUCUCCCAGACACUUAUCUCCAUGUUAAGGUGAAUCUUUAUCAACCAGAAGGGAAGAUAAACACAAGUGUUAGAGGAGGGACCGGUCUUUAAAGCCACCACCCUGUGACAGGACAGACCGCGUGCCUGGGCAGCAGCAGACCCUCCGGGCAGCCCCUGAGCCAAGUGAAAACAGUGGUUACCUCAGCCCACACCCAGCCGGUUCCAGUGCCGGAGGCAGUGCCAACAAGGCUUUUCACGUUAAGUUCCUUUGAUAAGGUCGUCUUGAAACCCAAGGGCUUUGGUUACAACAGAGCAGCAGUGUCCCUUGCCACCAGUUCUCCCUUGAGUUCACAAGACUUGCUUAUCAGAUGAUCUAAGCUAAAAACAUUAGAUGCACUUGGAAAGGUCUGGUCAGAAGCCAUUUCCUCUUACUUCCCCCUCCCGCUCACCAGUGAGGCACAGCCAAGCUGCUAUCAGGAGCCACAGCAGGGGGUGGGCCUCUGAGCCCAUGCUGUCCCUGCGUGACCCGGGGACCCAAGGGUGCUGCCCACAUCCCCAUGUACACAGUGUGGUUCCAGCCUAGCUGCCGGUCUCGGCCCACUGCCUGAGUAGGGAGCUGCUGCGAGCGCCUCACACGGCUCCGAAGAGGAGCAUCUUUCUGAUAAUGGCCAGUCCUCCUGGCCCUGGUGAGCUGAGAGGAGGAUGCUGAACUCCUUGCCUCUGUGUCCUUCCCUCUGUUCUCUUCCCUCUCCUGCUCUCUUCCUACUUGAGAAAAUGCCUGUUGUUAACUUUUUAAUGAUUUAAAUCUUCCCAAAUAAGAUUGACCCCUGUUAUUCCAAAGGUGGGGAUCCACUUGAAACCGUGGCUUCAGGAAGCUCCUGCGGGGCUGUUUGCCGUGGGUGUGUGCCUCAGCAUUCACACUUGGGGUAACUAGUUGAGGUGUCUUGAUGGGAGAGAAAUGCAUGCUGCUCUUUGGCUCUUUCUGUCCAACUUUUCUAGAAAUGACUCAGAGUCCAUUAGGAUUCAUGAAAAUUGUAUAAGUUAACUAUAUGAAGCAGCGGUGGGUCAGGUAGGAAGUUCUUUUCCACAGCCCUGCUCUCCACCUCUUUCCAUCUUAGGGGUGGACUCCUUGUUGACAGCUUUCUUUGCCUCUGCUCCAUCCCACAGGUGUGAGUGGGGGCAGUUUCUCCUUGGAAAUACAGCCUGCAUGAUUUGGAGAGAGUGAAGGAAGCUUUGCUACUGUGUUCAUGGCAUGUCUCCAGGAAUUCUUUUGGAAUCCAGCCUCUGCCAUCUUAGAAUGGGAGAGGGAACCUGUCUUUGGCUCAGGUGGCUGGGAUCAGAUGAGGAGGAAAAUUCCCAUUAGCCUAGAAAAGUGCUGGGCAGAGUCCAGUUUGGAAAGUUACAGAUCCAGUUGGUCAGAAUUGGCUGUUUCCUAUGUGUGACCUCUUCGUGGUAUGCCAAUUGGACUGCUGCUUUAAACAGGGCAAGGGAGGUGUGGAAUAUUUUUAUAUGAAAGCCUUAGCCUGUUUGGCACCCAUGAAAAGAACUGUUUGUACGCUCCUACUUUCGUCCUCUGUUUCUGCGUCCUCUAGUUAUAGCACAAUAGAGCUGAAUGCUGCAGAGCGCCCAGCUCACAGUGAGGUGUUGUCACUGGCAAUGUCAGAAGUGGGCUUGCUUCUGGACUAGUCUCAGUAAUCGCCAGCACUCACCAUUUUCACAUAAUGGCUUUGGAACAAAUCUUUGUUAUGGAGUUCCAAUAGGAAAAAGAAUUUUUCCCUACAAAGGAGGAAUUUUUGUAUUCUAUACUACAAAUUAUUUCAUCUCACAGCUUUUGUAGGAUUAUAUAGCCUUUCAGUUGCAGCCUUUUUCCAUCCGUGUGUGUCCGUAUUUGUAGGGAGGCAAAUUAAUUCACCUCACUGUGUCAUAGCCAAAGGCAAGCUGAGGUGGUUGGUGCAUAGCACUGGGCGCAAAGCCCAGCUGUUAGAGGAGAGCUUGAGAAUGCUACGCACUCUCCACUAGGCACCAUCGUGGGUCUGCUUUACCCCAUGACCUCAACAUUUGUGAAUGUGGACGGCUUUUAAAAAUACAGCUCUUUCACGGAGGUGGGACUAAGCGUGUUCACUCUGCUUGUAGUUGUCUUUCUUUUCUUGGCUUGGUGUCCUGCUGUAGCAUGGCCAGUGUCAACUGCAGUUCUCACACCUCAGCAACACAGUGCAGAUGUGUUUGCUCCCCACACCUGGGGCUCCCUCCAGGACUUCCCUGGGCUGCACUGCUGUAACAGAAUGGCCGGGGUUUAAUUUAUGUCUCCCUUUAAUUCUGAUUAAAACCACAGUUUUGUGUGAAAAGACAAGGUUAAAUCUCCAUCCAGGUUUUUUUUUUAAUAAGUUAAGGAUCUCUUAAUACUGUUUGAUAGUUCACACCUCACCCCACAGUGAGACCAGUGGGGGCUGCCCUGGCUGAAUCUAUCUCUAUGAGUUGUUGACCUUUUGUUAAUCUGUAGACACGUCAGGACUCUGAUCUGCCUUUUGGCUGCUGGCUGGUGACAUGGUGAUUUUUUAACUUGGUCUUAAUAUGUCUUAAGCAGCUCAGAUUGGUGUUGCUUGCGUGCUGUGGUUAGUGGAGCAGAACUCAGCCCCAACUGGACUCCAUGGAUGGCUGAGUCAGUAUCUCGGUGUUACUAGGGGUGCAGCUGAAUUCAGCUGGCUUUACGAACAGGGAACAAAACCAGCCUGACUUGAUUCCUGGUUAAGCAGGCAUAAGACACUAGUUGUCAUAUGCCACUUUUCUUUGCCGUAGUGAUUUGGUUAGGCCUAUCCCGAGUAGGAAGGUCCCUAGCCAAGGAACAGGACAAGACAGUAAUGGCCAGAUUGGGACAGGGAGCCUAUGAGGAAGUCUGGGCUGAGGCGUACAGGGGACCUCACACCAUUGCCUCAUACCAAAUGCUGACAAAUAGAUCCUUUCCCCAGUGCCUAGCCCUUCAGGUCCAUCAGAGGAAUGACCUUGGGCCCUGUUCUUUCCACAGCUCCACUCCAAAGCUUGUCAUUUUCAUGGCCUGCUCCCACUCUGCUAAGCUACUCUGAACCAUUUGUAAUUAUUUUUCUGAGAGGCUUUCUGGGAAAUUAUGCACGCAGGGCAGCAUCCCCAGAGCUCUGGGCAGAAAAGGUGCCGAGACUGAUUUGAACACUGCCUUGCCACUCACCAGCCAUGUGCCUUCCUGCAGGUUAGCCUCUCAAAGUCUGUUUGCUUAUUUGCCCCCCCCCCCAGGGAUUACAGCAACAGUGUCCUCACUGGCACUUGCGGGGAUUGGCCACCAUGUCCGGAGCCUGGUGGGCAGCAGGCCUGGAGUCAUGGGAGCUGCUGCUACUAGGUGACAUCAUGCUGGCCACUGGGGCUCUGUUGUCCCAGUGGAAACAAACUCAGCAGAGCCUCCUGAGAUGUAGGGGCUCUCCCCAGGUUCCUGGUUUGCCUGGCUCGUUUCCCUUUCCCCUCCUGAUCUUCCUUAGUUGCUUCCAGUUACCUGUGCCCACAGUGCUCCCCGACUUGGUUGCUCAGUGGCUGAAUACCUUAAGUUUUUAAAAAGGUACUACCUUCACACGGUUCUCAAAUCACAGUUAAGUCUUCCUUGCAUCUUUGACCUCCAACAAGCCAAGCUUUUCACCUGCUGAGUACCCACUAUUUGUUCCUUAUGUAUCCUCCCAGAGAUCAUUUAUGCAUACACAAGCAAAUACAGGUGUGUAUGUAUAUAUGAGUGUAUGUAGGUAUGUGUGUGUGUAUAUACAGUUGACCCUUGAAUGACGGAGGGGUUAGGGGUGCUGACUCCUUGCACAAUCUGCACAACUUUACAGUUAGCCCUCCAUAUCCAGUUCCACAUCUCUGGACUGAACCAACUUUGGAUCGUGUAGAAUGUAUUUACUGAAAAAAAAAUCUGCAUGUAAGUGGACCUGCACAGUUCAAACCCAUGUUCAAGAAUCAACUGUGUGUACUUAACUUUUUUUUUAACUUAAUACUGGACAAGUAUAUUCAAGGAGCAUUCCUAUUCAUGUGGGAAGAACCAUCCCAGAAGUCAGAAUAUCUGUAAAAAGGUGAGCCCAGAAUUGGGGGAUGUUUUUGCAAUCACAUCUCCUUUGAAUAAGGCAUAUUUUCCAUUGACUGAAGCAUGCUGAAAUUCUUUUUUAUAUAAAUCAGAAGCUACAAUCCCUCCCUGACCCUGACCCUAACCAUAGACAGAUGCCCAAAUGAGAGCACAACCAGUUUCCAUAGAUCCUCCUGAUCUGACAGGACACUCAAACAGGCGCCAUGGCCAAAAGCGACAGCACAGCCCAGCAGCCCCUGCAGGGGCCUGGACACGCUGCAGCCCCACCCCCACCCCCAAGUGAGGACCUGGAGUUGCACAGUGACGUCUGGCUACAACGGUGACGGUUUCUUAGGCAAGGUCCCAUUUUUGAGGCAGGAUUUUGAGAAGCAGCAGUAACUGAAGGCUGAGGCAUCCUUGUUUUGUGGGGCCAAUGUCUCAGAUGUUGCUGAGCAAACAGGUGGUCAGCCGCCUCAGAAUUAACAGCAGAUUUGCCUGAAAGUCCAAGUUCACAAACCAACCUGCUCCCUUCCCCUCCCCACUCUUCCUGCACACACUAAAAAGCAAGCAUCCCCAUGGAAUUUUCUCCUUGCCCAAUAUUUUUUUCUAUUCAAUAGA